CUCUUCCUCUUCCUUUCUCUUCCUCAACUUUCUCCCAAUCCCCAGCUUCUUUAACCUUAACCCAUCACCCAAACUUCUCUUCUCUACUCCACAGCGACACUCUCACCGACGAACAACAAUGCACUGUAAAAAACGAGUCCAAACCCAGAACAAUUCGUUACCGUUUAGGUGAACUGUGUAGACAAGGCCAACCCCAUCUCGCACGCCAACUGUUCGACACAAUUCCUCAACCAAGUACUGUCCUAUGGAACACAAUUAUCAUUGGUUUUAUCUGUAACAACAUGUCCCAUGAAGCCAUUUCAUUCUAUUCCCGAUUGAAACAUGUGGGUUCAUCGACAUGUGAUCAGUAUACUUUUUCUUCUGUUCUCAAAGCUUGCGCUGAGACGAAACGGAUUCUUGUAGGUAAAGCCGUGCACUGCCACAUUCUUCGCUCGGGUAUUCACCCUAGUAGGAUUGUGUGUAAUUCUUUGUUGAAUAUGUAUUCCACUUGUCUCGGAUUCGAAAAUGGUUCUCGUUGUGAUUUAGUUGAAAGGGUGUUUACAACUAUGCGUAAAAGAAAUGUUGUUGCUUGGAAUACCAUAUUUUCGUGGUAUGUUAAAAGGAAGAGGUUUUCGGAAGCAGUUAGGUGUUUUGUUAUGAUGAUGAGAAUAGGCAUUAAGCCGACUGUAUUUAGUUUUGUUAAUGUUUUUCCUGCUGUCUCUGAAAUAGGGGAUGUUAGAGUCGCUGAUGUUCUUUAUGGUUCGCUUGUGAAAUUGGGUAAUGAAUAUGUAAAUGACUUGUUUGUUGUUAGUGCUGCGAUUGUUAUGUAUGCUGAUCUUGGUUGCAUUGAUUUGGCGAGCAGAAUAUUUGAGAAUAGUUGUGAAAGAAAUACAGAGAUUUGGAACUCUAUGAUUAGUGGGUACAUUCAGAACAAUUUUCCUUUUAAAGCACUUGAUCUCUUUCUUGGAGCUGUAGAAGCAGAGGACGGUGUUCCUAUUGAUGAUGUGACAUUUGUAUCCGCUCUUACAGCAACUUCACAGUUGCAGAAUUUGGAGUUUGCUCAACAGCUACAUGCAUGUCUGAUAAAGAAAUGCAUGGAUUCACAGGUUAUUUUGCUAAAUGCUAUGGUUGCCACAUAUUCUAGGUGUAACCGUGUUGGUGAUUCCUUUAAAGUUUUUAGUGGAAUGGAGGAAAGAGAUAUAGUAUCGUGGAACACCAUGAUGUCUGCUUUGGUACAAAAUGGACUUGAUGAUGAGGCUUUGAUGCUAGUAUAUGAGAUGCAAAAGCUGGGGGUUGCAAUUGAUGCUAUAACAAUUACUAUUCUGCUUUCUGCGGCAUCAAAUCUCAGGGACAGGACAAUCGGUAAACAGACCCAUGCUUAUCUUCUGAGGCACAAUAUUCAAUUUGAAGGGAUGGAGAGUUACCUGAUAGACAUGUAUGCCAAAUCUAGCAUGAUUAGAGAAGCACAAGCAAUAUUUCAGUCAAACUGCACAAAUGAUAAAGAUCAGGCCACAUGGAAUGCUAUGAUUGCUGGAAACACUCAAAAUGGAUUAAUUGAACAAUCCUUUGUUGACUUCAAGGAGAUGCUGGAGCAGAAUGUGAAACCGAAUGCUGUUACCUUAGCAUCACUUCUCCCAGCAUGCAGUCAGUCAGGAAGUAUAGCAAUAGGCAAGCAGCUACAUUGUUUUGCAAUUCGCAAUUUGUUUGAGAACAAUGUUUAUGUUGUCUCGGCUUUGGUAGACAUGUAUUCAAAAUCUGGCAGCAUUCAUUACGCUGAAAGCAUUUUUCUAAAAUCCCCUGAGAAGAACUAUGUGACAUACACAAAUAUGAUUUUGGGAUAUGGCCAGCAUGGGAUGGGUAAAAAAGCUCUUGCGCUGUUCUACUCUUUGCAGGAGAAUGGUUUAAAACCAGAUGCUGUUACCUUUGUAGCAAUCUUGUCUGCUUGCAGCUACACUGGAUUGGUUGAUGAAGGCCUUCAAAUAUUUGAGCUGAUGGACGAAGAAUACGGGAUUCAGCCCUCAGCAGAGCACUAUGCUUGUGUGGUUGACAUGUUAGGAAGAGUUGGACGGUUGGAUGAAGCUCAUAAUUUUGCUAAACAGUUGGGUGAAGAGGGUAAUGUCUUGGGAAUAUGGGGAUCACUCCUUGCUGCCUGCAGAGUCCAUAGAAAUUUUGAAUUGGGGAAAAUUGUUUCCAGUAAGCUGCUUGAAUUAGAGGGGAGUGACAGAAUAUCUGGUUAUCAUGUUCUGCUUUCAAAUAUAUAUGCAGAAGAAGGAAACUGGCAGUCUGUCGAUAACGUAAGAAGAGGAAUGCGCAAAAUGGGAUUGUCAAAGGAGGUUGGAUGUAGUUGGAUUGGUACUUCUGGCUAUCCAAGCUGUUUUGUGUCUAGAGAUAGGAAGCAUCCUCAGAGCGACAUGAUAUAUGAUAUGUUGGGUCAUUUAACCAUCAAUAUGAAGGAUGUUGGUUAUAAGCCUAACCUUGAACUUAUAGAAGAGUGGAUGUAUGGGCUACAAGAAUAAAAAGGUAUUUUAGUUCAUCCACUAUGUACCUCUGUAUUGAUGACCUUUGGGGGCAGGAUACUGUAGUUUAUCAGCGACCAGCUUGGCCUUUGAGAUUUGAGACAGAUCAGUCAAGAAAAUCCAAUUACCAUUUUGGAAGCAAAGAAGGAGUCCCUAAUAGCAAAGAAAGGAUCCAAUCCAAGAUUACAACUUCUGUCAAGCUAUCUAUUUGACUGAAGCACAUUUAAAUUAGAAUGCUCUGAGUAGUGGAUUAAGGGAUCAAAGAGAGUUGUAAUGUUGGAAUCUGAUCAUCUUUGCAAGUUCAUGGGUGUUAUAACUACGGAUCCAAAUGGCUGUAAUAACCGCUUGCUAAGGUUAAUUGUUGAGACAUUUGAAGAUGAGUUCUAAUGGCAUGCUGUGCUUAAGCUUCGCAUUAAAAGAUGAUUGGAAGCGCUUUCAGGGUACCAUGUUGAGUCUUAUCCUGCGCAUAAGAAGAUUGUUGAUCCAUCUUGCUACUGCGCAUCUGACGCUAAUCUGGUGACGUAGGUGUGUUGGUUUAUGUAUGGUAUGUUUGAUGUUGCCAAAUAUAGGGACACUGGCGAUUCAUCAAGAGGAAAAUUUUCAUUUCUUACUAGAUUUUCAGAAGAAUGAAAUGACGGGAUUGUCCUGGUGAGGAAUCUCACUAGGCAAUAAAUGACUGAAGAAGAGCCGAUCAAAUUGGUUGUUAUAAUUUUAAGCAGUAAAUUUAUUGUAAGGCCAUUUGCUGGGAUAUUCAGUUAUUUUCUGAUGAAUAAGCUUAGAAGAAGAAAUUUACAGAAAAAGAAUUCUUUGUACAAUCCUAUGCACAACAAUUUGAAAUAUUGUCAAAACCUAGAGGCAAUGUCUUUUCUUGAGCUGACACCGGGCACAAACAAGGCAUUGCCAGCUGAUGAUAGAAGUUGUUCCCAUAAAGGGCAGCUGUCAAUGAAAUAUUUGCUCUGUAACUUGCUGACGGUGGAGUAUCCAUGAUAUUACUAGGACUGAGAAGGUGUCAUACAAACCUUUUCCUCAAUAUUCUUUUAUGUCAACCAUUGAAUUGUUGCAAGCAUGAGCCCUACAAGUGGACCUUUCACCUCCUGUUUGCUAUGUUGCAAGAGAACAUGACAUGUGGAUUUGGAAGAUGACAUGGAGCGGAGUGUUGUUCAAUCUAUGACAACGUGAGCGCGAAGGCCUUCGUCGGGUUCCUUUUGUAUCUCGGGUUUGGUAUUUGAAUCGCAGCUCAGUGAGGAUGAUGAUCCUAUGGCUGUGGCAGAGGGGUCACUAGCACUGGUCAAGAGCAAGAUUUCGAUACUGUUUGUAGGGAGAGCCGGUUCACGAAUUUUUUGGUGGAAGCAGAUCUCCUGAUGGACUUUCUGUGGAGGAACAAAAUGAUAUCUGUUGGCGUACAUUCAUCUUGGUUCUUUUGAAUGCUUGAGUACCACCUGAUCGGUCUAAUUGUCACCUUUGAUCUUCACCCUUGCAUUGUCUUGUUGUGCAAUGCAACAACCUUUAUUAACAAGAAACCACCAGAUAUCCCAGAAGUUCACCUUCCAGAGGAGCCAAAGCCUGCCUUGAGAUCCCUUCUGCUCUGCGGAUUGAAUUAACCAUGCUCUUACAGUGUUACGUGAAACUGCAUCUGGGAGAGAUCUGAAGAAGUUCCUGGCCGUCAUUGCUGAUCUAUGGGUCUUCUCAGUUGUGAGCAAUUGCUGCAACUUCUUGACACUGUUUUACAUUGAACCCGCAUAUGUAGUCAUUCAUACAGUUCCUUUUUUCAGAAGUAUGACGAUAAAGUGGAUCCAUUCGCUGAGAAAGCAGUGCAGGAAAUCAAGAAAAUAUAUGCUCUCUUUGAUGCCAAGGUUUUGAGCAAAAUUCCCAAAGGACCAUUACAAGAUAAGAAGAGGGCAUAGAUGUGUUCAGCGGGAGAUUUAGAUAGGUGUAUUUUACGCAUGAACCAGUGUGGCAUCUUACUUGUCUGUUUUUGCAACUUUGUUGCCUUUUCCAGGGUCAACUUUGGAUUAGAAUGAAAGUUGUCAAGAUUAGUGUAUAGGCCUUGUAUCAUUGCAUUGUUAGCUGAAGUUUCUCAACAUAUUAAGAUAACAAAAGACACUAUCUGCUUA